CCCGCCAUGUCGGGCCAGAGCCUGACGGACCGGAUCACCGCCGCCCAGCACAGCGUCACCGGCUCCGCCGUGUCCAAGACGGUCUGCAAGGCCACCACGCACGAGAUCAUGGGGCCCAAGAAGAAGCACCUGGACUAUUUGAUCCAGUGCACUAACGAGAUGAAUGUGAACAUCCCUCAGUUAGCGGACAGCUUGUUCGAACGAACUACCAACAGUAGCUGGGUGGUGGUCUUCAAGUCUCUCAUUACGACCCAUCAUCUGAUGGUGUAUGGAAACGAGCGCUUUAUCCAGUAUCUGGCAUCAAGAAACACAUUGUUUAAUUUAAGUAAUUUCCUGGAUAAAAGUGGAUUGCAGGGUUAUGACAUGUCUACAUUUAUUAGGCGAUAUAGUAGGUAUCUAAAUGAAAAAGCAGUUUCUUACAGGCAAGUUGCGUUUGACUUCACAAAAGUGAAAAGAGGGGCAGAUGGAGUUAUGAGAACGAUGAACACGGAAAAACUCCUCAAAACUGUACCGAUUAUUCAGAAUCAAAUGGACGCACUUCUUGACUUCAAUGUGAAUAGUAAUGAGCUGACAAAUGGUGUAAUAAAUGCGGCCUUCAUGCUCCUGUUCAAAGAUGCCAUUAGACUCUUUGCAGCCUAUAACGAAGGAAUAAUUAAUCUCUUGGAAAAAUAUUUCGAUAUGAAAAAGAACCAGUGCAAGGAAGGCCUUGACAUCUAUAAGAAAUUCCUCACUAGGAUGACCAGAAUUUCAGAGUUCCUCAAAGUUGCAGAGCAAGUUGGAAUUGACAGAGGUGAUAUUCCAGACCUUUCACAGGCCCCAAGCAGUCUUCUGGAUGCUUUGGAGCAACAUCUAGCUUCCUUAGAAGGAAAGAAAAUCAAAGAUUCUACGGCCGCGAGCAGGGCUACAACCCUUUCCAAUGCAGUCUCUUCCCUCGCAAGCACUGGCUUGUCACUAACCAAAGUCGACGAAAGGGAGAAACAAGCAGCCUUGGAGGAAGAACAGGCUCGUCUGAAAGCUUUAAAGGAACAGCGUCUAAAGGAACUUGCAAAGAAACCUCAUACCUCUCUAACAACGGCAGCCUCUCCUGUGUCCACCUCAGCGGGAAGCAUAAUGACGGCGCCGGCCAUUGACAUAUUUUCCACCGCUAGUUCGGCCAACAGCACGUCGAAGCUGCCAAACGAUCUCCUUGACUUGCAGCAGCCUUCUUUCCAUCCCUCCGUCCCUCCUCUCUCCAGCACCCCGCAAGUAGCCAGUACGUGGGGAGAUCCUUUCUCUGCUCCUGUUGAGACUGUCGAUGAUGCCAUUCCAAGCUUAAAUCCUUUCCUCCCAAAACCUGACGCUGUCCACCUCCCCAUUUCUACAGAUGCAUCUCCAUUUGCCUGUAGGACACCUACUCAUGAAAUGUUUGUUGGGUUCACUCCUUCUCCGGUCGCCCAGCCGCAGCCUCCAUCUGGCCUGAACGUCGACUUCGAGUCCGUGUUUGGAAACAAAUCUACUAAUGUAAUUGUGGAUUCCGGUGGCUUCGACGAGCUAGGCGGGCUCCUCAAACCGACGGUGGCCUCUCCGAACCAGAGCCUCCCCACCGCCAAGCUCCCUCCCAAUAAACUCGUGUCCGACGACUUGGACUCCUCUCUGGCCAACCUCGUCGGCAAUCUGGGUAUUGGCAAUGGAACAACCAAAAAUGACGUCAACUGGAGCCAGCCGGGCGAGAAGAAAUUGACCGGCGGGUCCAACUGGCAGCCCAAGGUGGCCCCCACGACCGCUUGGAAUGCCGCCACCAUGAAUGGCAUGCAUUUUCCACAAUACGCACCCCCUGUUAUGGCCUAUCCCGCUACCACUCCAACAGGAAUGAUAGGCUACGGAAUUCCACCUCAGAUGGGAAGCGUACCGGUGAUGACGCAACCGACGUUAAUAUACAGCCAACCUGUCAUGAGACCGCCGAACCCCUUUGGCCCUGUAUCAGGAGCGCAGAUCCAGUUCAUGUAACCCGACGGAAGAGCGGAGCCCGAGAGCCUCCUCCCACCCCGAGAGACACGUGCUCAGGCAGAAAAUCCCCGCUUCCAGCCAAAUCCAAACCGACGA